AUGGCGCUGCCCGACUCCUUCAUCCAGCGGCAGCAGCUGGACGCCAGCAUGGCCGACACCUUCCUGGAGCACCUGUGUCUGCUGGACAUCGACCAGGAGCCAAUCACGGCGCGCAACACCAGCAUCAUCUGCACCAUCGGUCCUGCGUCUCGAUCGAUCCCCAAACUGCAGGAGAUGAUCAAAGCCGGGAUGAACAUCGCUCGUCUGAACUUCUCCCACGGCUCUCACGAGUAUCACAGCGAAACCAUCAAAAACAUCCGGGAGGCGGUGGAGACGGUGACCUCUGACCCGCUGUACUACCGAUCGGUCGCCAUCGCUCUGGACACCAAGGGCCCCGAGAUCCGCACCGGAUUAGUGAACGGGAAAGUGGAAGACGAGGUGGAGCUGGAGAAAGGCAGCAGCGUCCGAGUGUCGACGGCAGAAAGCGACAAAGACAAGACGGACGGGAAGCUGAUCUGGGUCGACUACCCCGGCCUGCCCCAAGCCCUCAGCAAGGGGGGACGGAUCUACAUCGACGAUGGACUCAUCGCUCUCAAAGUCAAAGAAAUAGGUCCAGACUGGGUGGAUGCUGUGGUGGAGGCCAGCGGCGUCCUCUGCAGCCGGAAAGGCGUGAACCUGCCGGGCUGCGACCUGGUGGGCAUGAAGGCGGUUAGCGAGCGCGACGAGGCCGACCUGCGCUUCGGCGUCGCCCAGGGCGUCGACAUGGUGUUCGCCAGCUUCAUCCGCUCGGCGCAGGACGUCAAGGAUGUCCGCAGAACGCUGGGGGCCCACGGGCGGAGCAUCAAGGUCAUCAGCAAGGUGGAGAGUCGGCAGGGAGUCCAGAACUUCGAGGAGAUCCUGGCCGAGAGCGAUGGCGUGAUGGUUGCCCGGGGCGACCUGGGGAUCGAGAUUCCGGCAGAGAAAGUCUUCAUCGCCCAGAAGAUGAUGAUCGGACGCUGCAACUCCGCCGGCAAACCGGUCAUCUGUGCCACGCAGAUGCUGGAGAGCAUGGUGGCCCACCCUCGACCCACCAGAGCAGAGAGCAGCGACGUGGCCAACGCCGUGCUGGACGGCGCCGACUGCGUGAUGCUUUCUGGAGAAACGGCCAAAGGCCUGUUUCCUGUGGAGUCGGUGGCCAUGAUGCACUCGAUCUGCAGGGAGGCAGAAGCAGCCAUCUUCCACCAGCAGCUCUUCGAGGAGCUUCGCCGCCUCACGCCACUGUCCUCCGACCCCACCGAGGUCACGGCCAUCGGCGCCGUCGAGUCGUCCUUCAAGUGCUGCGCCGGAGCCAUAAUCGUCCUCACCAACGGCGGCAGGUCGGCUCACCUGCUGUCCAGGUAUCGUCCCCGCUGUCCAAUCAUCGCCGUCACCAGGAGUCCUCAGGUGGCCCGGCAGUCCCAGCUGCUCAGAGGAGUGUUCCCGGUCCUCUUCCAUCCUCUUCCUGCUCCCGUCUGGGCCGACGACGUGGACGGGAGGGUCAACUUCGGGAUGGACAUCGGCAAAGCGCGAGGCUUCUUCAAGUCGGGCGACAUGGUGAUCGUGGUGACGGGAUGGAUCCCCGGCUCCGGCCACACCAACAUCAUGAGGGCCGUGAACGUCCCGUAGCGCCGGAGGACGCUCGGCUCUUUAGAUCUUAUCGUGGUGAUGAAACCCUGAAAGCAGCAUCUUGAAUUAAACCCUCAGACGGCAGAAGGUUCAGAUGUUAUCAGGAAACGGAGGUCACGUGAAGGUCGACGACGCCCUGCCAGCAGAACCUGAACCGUCCAUGUUCUCUUGUUCUUCAGUCGUUUUUACAUUAAACAGCAUCUGAACUCA